AUGGAGACUAUAACCAAAAACAAAGCAGUUGAAUUCUUUAAUAAAUUUAAUGAGUACCUUGAAGCUUAUGCUUUCAGAGAUAUUGCCAAACAACCUCCACAACCUCCAGAAAACAGCACUUAUUAUCAAAAACAUGAUAUAAACCUUCCAAACAAUUUUGAUCAUAAGGUCUGCAGUUUCUAUGUUGUUAACAUGGCGACUUUCAUAUUUGAGAAUGGGAAAGUUUAUGCGCGUGUCCCCGCCCAAAUAUUCAACACAAGUCCAGUCAAAAUUUAUGGAGCAGAUAAAGUAAAGACUGUGUACAACAAGUUUAAUGUCCCAGUCAUUUCAAUUAACGGUAUUGACCCAAUCAAGUUUAUUGCAGACUACGCUUAUAAGUACUUUUUACUCAAAAAUGUGCAUGGUGCUGUGACUUACUUCAUUCGUUCAUUUACUGGUUGCCCUUAUUACUCGGUUCCUAUUAAAGUGGAAGAUACUGAUUUUGUUAUCCAGUUUGAGGAUGGCAGUAACGCAACAUGGAGUACUAAAUUGUCGAACAUAUGGUCUGAAAGUGCUGCUAUUAGUAAAAGCGAACUUUUUGCUCGUAAAUUUUGGAAAGGAAAAUAA